GUCCUCUCGUACCCCCUUGAUUGCAGUCUUGCUUUCUUGGGUGCUCAGCUCUUGGGUGCUGGAAGUGAUCACGGCAAACACGGCGUGAGGAGCAAUCCUUUCAGGGAAAUAAUAUGGAGGCUCCUGCUGCGCCAAUUGUCAUAGACCUGGAGCCAGAGACAGAUGAAGUUAUUGAUACCACUCCUGAGAAAACUGCUGAAAUAAAAAAGGAAAAUGGAAACCAACUGUAUAAGAAAAAACAGUACAAGAAAGCCUUACCUUUGUAUACAGAAGCUAUUUUAUUAUCUCCAAAUAAUGCAUCGUACUAUGGCAACAGAGCAGCAUGUUACAUCAUGCUGAACCAGUACAAUGAUGCUUUAGCAGAUGUUCGCAAAUCUUUAGAAAUUGACCCUAAACUUGUGAAGGGAUAUCUAAGAAUGGCUAAAUGCUGCAUGAUGAUGGGUGAUUUGUCUGCUGCUGACAAAGCCUUAUUGAAAGUCCAAGAAAUGGAACCCAACAACCCACAACUUGUUCCUGAAAGAAUAAAUUUAGGUACUUUACAGAAGUACACAGAUGAUGCAGAAAAAUGUCUAGAGAAAAAAGAUUUUCGGAAGGUUGUUUUCCUCAUGGAUCGUGUACUGGAAAUAGUUCGUGGUUGUCAGCGAUUCUUAUUGAUAAAAGCAGAGUCCCUUGCCUUAUUAGGUAGACAUGAAGAAGCUCAGGAAAUUGCCAAUGGUAUAAUUCACGCUGAUGAUAAAAAUGUGGAUGCUGUAUAUGUACGUGGUUUGAGUUUAUAUUACCAAGAUAAUGUCGACAAGGCCUUUCCCCACUUUCGGCAUAUUUUAAAAUUAGCUCCAGAUCAUAAAAAGACUCAAGAAAUUUACAAGCGCGCAAGAGCUCUUGUACAGACAAAAGAGUCAGGCAAUGAAGCCUUCAAGGCCGGAGAACUACAGAAAGCUUAUGAUUUGUAUUCUCAGGCAUUACUGAUAGACCCAUUGAACACUUUCACUAAUGCCAAAUUGUACUUCAAUAGAGCAACUGUCUGUUCCAAGAUGAAUAAACUUCAGGAAGCCAUCUCGGAUUGCUCUGCUGCACUCAAGCUGGAUGAGAAGUAUGUGAAAGCUUUACUCCGAAGAGCAAAAUGUCACACUGACUUGAAUAUGUUGGAAGAAGCUGUGUUUGACUAUGAAAAGGCUGUUCAAAUUGAACGAACCCGGGAUAAUAGAAGACUUCUGCAAGAAGCAAAAUUAGCCUUAAAACGAUCUAAACGAAAGAACUACUACAAGGUUUUGGGUAUUGAUAAAACUGCUAGUGAUGAAGAUAUUAAAAAAGCAUACAAAAAGAGAGCUUUAGAACAUCAUCCAGAUAGACACUCUAAUGCUUCAGAGACCGAAAAGGUUGAACAGGAAAAAAUGUUCAAAGAAGUGGGAGAAGCUUAUGCUAUACUCUCAGAUCCCAAGGAAAGAGCAAGAUAUGACAGUGGCCAAGAUUUGGAGGAAAUGGAAGGGAUGGGCAGUGGUUGGCCUGGUGAUUUUGAUGGAUGUGGGAGAUUCCCUGGUUUCUUUGCUGGUCCCAGUGCAGGAUUUAAUGUCGGUGAUGGCCUUGGAGGCUACACUUUCCACUUUGGUUAGUUAGAGGCAAGUCGGUAUUGCUCAUUCAUUUGUGUCUACAUUCCUAAAUCAUACUUGACUAGGAUGCUGCACUUUGUGGGGUUCCAUAAUAAAAUAAGUUUUUACCUUUAUUUUUGAAAUCAACACAGCAUUGUCUACCCCUCCCUUUUUUAAAAAACGAAAUAAAAUAUGUUGGAUUGUUUGUUAUCCAAGUUGACAUUUUUCACAUCGUAUUUUAUGUUGUUCAUGAUACCAGCAUGUGUUCUCUCAUAAUUGGUCUGAACAGCUCGGAUUAGACCUGUGAUAGAUGUUCAAACUUGUAUCAUUGUUCAAACCAGUGACUUCUAUGUUUGACAGUAAUAUUUUGUGCUCUUUAGUGUCGAGUUGAAGUUUUUGCUAAGUUUCUUUAUUUAUUGUGUGAUUUAACUGGUGGUCAGAAGCGUGUGAAUAUUGGUGAUGACACUGAUGUUAACUGAUUAUAAAUUAUGUAUCCUAGGUAGAAAUUACCUUGUAUGGUAGACUAGAUCUAAUGAUAGUUAAAUGCUAAAAGACGCUUUCAGUGUUGUUUCCAACACACUCAAUGGUCUAUUUUUAAACUUAUGAAGGGAGUGUUUGACUCUUACUUUUUUUUCUUUGACAAAAUUUGAGUGUACGUAUAACAUGCCGUUUUUUUUAAAUCCUGUGUUAUCUACUCUUAAAUGAAGACUUUCUGUUACAUAUGCCAAAUCAAAUCAUCUCCUGAUGGGUUGGGGUGUGUGUCUUGAGUAUGUACUCCCACUGAAACAAAUUUGAAGGAAAGCUGUAGUCCAAACUUCUUUUGUCCUGUCAAUUAAAAGUUAGGUGUUUCUGGACUGUGUUAUAAAUAAAAUAGGCCUGAAUGGCAAAUAAGGAUAACUGAAUUUAGCUGUAGAAUCUAAUUAAGUAGAAUAAACUUUAAAAUAAUUGAUUUAAACUUCUAUGCUGUGAUUAUAAAUAUGCCAGUUGUUAUGGCUAAUAAUUAAAGUUAGUUUGUCAAGGUCCGUACUAAACAUUGUGCACUUUCUUUGGGCUUUUAAAUUGAAACUUAAUGUACAAGAAGAAAUCUGUCUCCUUCUCAUCAUCUGCCCUGUUUAAUAGUACUUGGAAAAUUAUUCUGAGCCAUCAAUGUAAUUACUGUACAUAAUUUGCUAAGCCAUUAACUUUGUAAUAAUAAACUAGAUGCCAUUGCACCCAAA